CCUAUCGUAGAACAACAACAACAACAAAACACACGGGAUGAUUGAUAAAUGAAGAGUUGAAUGAUAACAGAGCUAAUUGUGAGGUUUUGAUUGGCACAUUUAGCUGUUUCCUGCAUCCAUAUUAUUGAGCAAUGGGAUAAGGAAUUCUUUGUCUGUGAAAUGAACAAGAUUUUAGCCCAUCAAAAUGUAUUGAGUAAAGCAGUCAAAUCUUUGUAUAAUAUUAACUUUAAGACAAGUGUCAACAUGACUUCUUUCAAGAAAAAGAAUGUGCGUGAGAUGGCUCACAUUGACAAGUACAAGAAGAAGUUAACAGUAGUUCCAGUAUCUGAUACAGCUCAAGUGUUUGUAUUGAGCACUGGUAGCUACGGAACAGGACGUUCAGUUUUACUGAAAACAAACUAUGACAGGUAUUUGUUCAACUGUGGAGAAGGCACUCAAAAAGUGAUAACAGAUGUUGUCUCUAAAGUUGGACCAGUCGACAAUAUAUUUUUCACAUACAAUACAUGGAAUAAUAUAGGUGGACUUAUGGGCUUUUUAAUGUCAAACAGUGCUGAAAUUGAUCAUGUGGACACUAUACGACUUCACGGACCACCUAAUAUAGAUAAACUGUUGAAAAUGAUAACACCAUUCUCGGAGAAUUCUGAAAAUGUUGUUGCAUCUAUAGAUGUGCGUGGUAUAGACAAUGUAAAGUAUGAAGAUGAACAGCUAACUGUAGAGUAUGUUGAACUUGUUAGUUCAGAAUCAAGUCAAGGGACAGAACAGUCUACUGAUGAUAUCAAGAAAGCAGUGAUGUGUUAUAUUGUCAGGUUGAAAGAAUUGCCACGAAAAAUAGAUAGUAAAAAAUUAGCGGCAUUGAAAACUCCAAGCGGGCCUUGGAUAAAACAGCUUAUUAAUGGUGAGGAAGUGACACUGCCUGAUGGGAGAAUAAUAAAACCAAAUGAUGUACUUUUGGAAAAAGGAAGUAAUCUUGGACCAAUAUUAGUGCUAGAUUGUCCUACAGAAGAUUAUGUUGACCCCUUAAUAACAAACAAACAGUUGUUAGACCUACAGACAGAUGAUGUUAAACCAGUUUUAAUGAUACAUAUGGCGCCAGCAGCGUUGAUUGCUGGUCCUCGGUAUGAGGCAUUUAUGGGCAGAUUCCAGUCUGGAACAAUACACCUGAUGAUAAACGAGAACUCGCCUUCUCCGUACGUACAUCGAAGUCAAAUGUUUCAGUCAAUUCUGAAUCGUUUACAUCCCGGAAUAUUUCCGUCCCUGCAAGGGCACUAUCACUAUAAUACCAGACCUACUCCUACUACAGACAAUGUUGUACAAGCUUAUUAUGGCCUAGCAUAUAAAGUGAGGCCUGUCAAUCAGCAGGGAUUUAAUUGGGAUGAUUUGGUAUACUUUGACCAUGCAGCAAGUUUUGAAGAAAUGAAAGAGAAAGCGGAGCCUGUAGAUUCAGAAAUAGACGAGGAACUAUCGAAGUUAAAAUCAGAGAUUCAACAACGGGAAGUUAGUUCUGAUGGUAAACAACCAGAAAAUGAAUAUCCAGAGAUUGUGUUCCUGGGAACGGGAUCUGCUAAACCUUCAUUAAUGAGGAAUGCAAGUGCCAUUCUUGUACAGCUCAGGAAGGACGAGUAUUUUAUAAUGGACUGUGGUGAGGGAGCAUUGUUACAGAUGUAUCAAAUGUACGGGUUAGAGAAAACCAAUCAUAUUCUAUGUAACUUGAAGGGGUUGUUUAUUUCACAUCUUCACUAUGAUCAUCAUGGGGGAGUGUUUGGUAUUUUAGAAGCUCGUCAAAAGGUAUUAAGCCAGUAUGGUAGAAACGAUAGAUUGACAAUAUUUGCUCCUUCCUCACUGAAGAGAUGGUACUUUCUGUAUUCUAGAUAUGUGUCUCCUAUUGAAAAUACUAUAGAACUUAUCACAAAUGAGACAAUUUAUAACGAUAUUAAGGACGGAAAGGAAUCAGAUCAAAUCUCAUAUACAAAAAAUCUACUCAAUGUCUCUAAGUUUGUAGUGAUGCCAGUUGUUCAUAUAUCUCAUUCAUUUGGUAUUUCUAUAAAACACAUAGAUGGCUGGAAACUGGUCUAUUCGGGAGAUUGUAUGCCAAGCCAGGAGUUGAUAAGCUAUGGAAAAGACUGUGAUAUCCUCAUUCACGAGGGAACUUUUGAUGAUGAAGCUGAAGUAGAUGCACGCAGAAAAAGACAUUGCACCACAGGUCAGGCUAUUGAAGUGGGGAAGAAAAUGAAUGCAAAAUAUACUCUACUAACACAUUUUAGCCAAAGAUUUCCUAAGAUACCAGAAUUCUCAGACAAGUUUACAGAAAAUGUUGGUUUUUCAUUUGACUUUAUGCAGGUGCGGCCAAGUCAACUUAGGUUAAUUCACAUGUUUAAAGCAACUCUAGAUAAAAUGUUUGGACAUUCUCUUAAAACAAGAUUGAAAAAAGGCAUUAAAGCAUCAAAUCCCGAAACCAGCAAAUCGUCAGAAUCAAGCAAAUUUGUGGAAACCAAAAGUUUGGUAGAGGAUCUAUAUUCUAUAGAAACAGAGAAUGUGAACAAAAAUACCAAGAAAGAUAAAAGACCUGUUGAUAUUAAUACUGAAGACAAUGACAAUAAAGACUUAAAGGAAGAUGUAGAAAGUGGCAAAGAAAGAAGCACUAAAAGAAAAGUUGAGAGUCAAAACGAUGCUCAUAAGGCAAUGAAAACAGACUCAGGUGUUCAUGUUAUUUCUACCGUGGAGAAAUAGGUUUUUGCCCUUAACCUGUUGAAUUUGUUUAAUGGGUUUGCCUUGCUUUGUCUUUCGGAACAAUAUGUUUGAAGGUAUUUCAAUAUCAAAAUUGAGGUACUAGAUAUAGAGUCUGGUCAGACGUCAUGGAUGUCCAGACUGGCCUGGCUCUAUACUGAAAGCACUUAGACUAGUCACUUUCAGAUCCGGCAGGUUAAGGGUAUCUUAAGUAAUUAGCAAUUGUUUGUAUGGUUAGAAUGAAUUAAGUAGCCAUUUGAGUGAAUUUAUAUGACAUCAUGUAAUGAAUUUUUUUAUUAUUAAUUCUGAAAAUAAAAUGUCAAAAUAA